AGUGUUAGAGCUUGUAGUCGUCUUUUGAGAAAAACGUUUUUCUUUUCUUUCUUUUGCUCCUUAGCGUUUCUUUUAGUAUAGCAGUUUAGUUAGUUUUGUCUUUCUCUCUCAUUUUCACUCUCUAUUUAAAGAGAUGUGCUGAGACUCUGUUCGAUACAUUUUUUUGAUUUCAAUAAUGAAUCCUUCUUCCUGCUACAAAUUGCUGAUUCUUCCUUGUUUACACUUUGACUGAUUUCUUGUUCUUGAAUGGCUUUGCCUGUUUUUCAACAUGGCAUCAGAGCCACGGAUUAGUGGCUUCAUCUUCUACACUUUAUUUGUGUAAAUUUCGUCGUUUUUCCCUUUCAUUCGGACAUUACUUACCAGCGAUUUUCUUUAACCUGUUUCUUGAUUCUUCUUGUUGAAUCUUGAAAAGCGAAGCAUGUCUGGAAAAAAUAGCCAUGGAAGUGAACCUUCCCGUGAAGACAAGAAGAUAAUCGUGUGGCCAGAAAAACUCAAACUUCAUGGAGGCGAACACCCAGGCAUGAGUCUGGUUUCUGCGCCACUAGAUGGAAACAAUUUCUUGACGUGGAGCAGGGCAAUCAAAUUGGCUUUGGGGGCGAAACAAAAGAUUGGAUUCAUUGAUGGUUCGUACACUAAACCUCAAGAAAACAAGGAAGAAAUGGAUCAAUGGAAAACAGUAGACUGUAUGGUUGCAUCUUGGCUCUUAAAUUCAAUAAGUAAAGAAAUCUCUGAAGCCUUCAUGUAUACAUCUUCUGCUCAAGAUCUCUGGGAACAACUUGAAGCAAGAUUUGGAGAUAGUAAUGGGCCCAUGUUGUACGAUAUUCAAAGGAGGAUUUCAUCUCUUUCACAAGGAGACAUGACAAUUUCGGCCUACUUCACUAAACUAAAAAAACUGUGGGAUGAACUCGCUCACUUAGACCCGCUGCCAAACUGUUCGUGUGAUGCCAGCAAGUUGUUGGCAAGCCAAGAAUCGUCAAGACAACUUAUACAAUUUUUGAUGGGACUCGAAGAUACUUAUGAUCAUAUUAGAAGCCAGAUUUUACUCAUGGAACCUCUACCAACUAUUGGCAAAGCAUAUUCAAUGCUGUUACAUAUUGAAAAACAAAGACAAGUUCACAUUGCUGCACCUGAAGAUGGAGCCAUGAAUGCAAGAAUUUAUGAAGGAAGAAGGCAGUUUGCAAAUCAGAACAGAGAAAAGGGAAAGGGAGGACUUGACAAGAAGUCACAAUAUUGUGAUUAUUGCAAGAGGAGUGGACACACUAGGAGUUCGUGCUUCAAAUUGACAGGCUUUCCUGAAUGGUAUAAGACCCUUCUUGAUCAAAAGAAAAUUGAAAACAGGUCUUCCAACAGGGUAUUCAAUGCAAGUGCAGAAGAGAGAUUGCAGAAGUAUGACUCUAAUCUUGAAAUUUCAGACUUAAUCAAAAUGGAGGUCAAACGAGCUAUGAAUGAGCAGAGAUACAUGCCAGAACCUGCUGCCAAUAUGAUAGAAUACCAAGAUUUCACAGAUUGGGGAGGGUGCCUACAAACCAGGAAAUCGCUGACUGGUUUUUGUGUGUUUUUGGGAGAAACUCCAAUUUCGUGGAAAACGAAAAAACAAGUGACUGUUUCCAGAUCCACAGCCGAAGCUGAAUAUCGCAGCCUUGCGUCUACUGUUUGUGAGCUGGUUUGGAUAAAUUACAUGUUACAAGAGUUCGAGAUUGAAGCAGGACUGCCAAUUCCUUUAUUUUGCGAUAACAAAGGAGCUAUACAUAUUACAGCCAAUCCUGUCUUCCACAAAAGAACGAAACAUCUCGAUAUAGAUUGCCACAUUGUGAGGGAGAAAUUCAAACAAGGACUAGUAUUGCCCACACAUGUUAAAGCAACUGAUCAAGUUGCUGACAUAUUCACUAAGUCUUUGCCUGCGCCAGCUUUUCAAGUCAUGAAGUCCAAACUGAAGCUAAUGUCUUUGCCAUCACCUCCAGUUUGAGGGGGGGAUGUUGGAAUUGUAGUGUUAGAGCUUGUAGUCGUCUUUUGAGAAAAACGUUUUUCUUUUCUUUC